UUUCCAGCUCCAUCAACGGUCUGAGUCAAGAGGAAGAUUUAAGCGGAGAGGAAGAGGAAGCAGCGCUGAACUCCUCACACGAGCUGGGCGACGUUAUCAGCCAGCUUUUUACAGUCUCCACAGGUUUAUUUAAGCCUGCCUGCCCUCCCGCCCUUAUAGUUUACAGCAGCGCUUUGCCGUCCUGUGAAAGAGGAGUCCACUUUGGCUUUUGAUGAUUUAAGGGGAAAAUUCUUGUCUCGACAAGAUAAUUGGGUUUCAACAAUACAAGACGGCAAAAAUGCUUCGGGAGAUUCAGGAAAUCGGCUCACAUGCCAUGGAUAUCUACGACUACCUCUUGGCAGGACUUGAUCCGCGGCUGAAGGGAUAUCCACUGAUGCAGAGUCCCAUUCCCAUGUCCGCCAUAUUGCUGUGUUACCUUUUCUUUGUACUGUACCUUGGACCUCGCUUAAUGGCCAAUCGCAAGCCCUUCCAGCUGAAGGAAGCCAUGAUAGUCUACAACUUCUUGCUAGUGGCACUGUCGAUAUACAUCGUCUAUGAAUUCCUGAUGUCUGGUUGGGUUACAACGUAUACCUGGAGAUGUGACGCAGUUGAUACGUCCGACAGUCCUCAAGCACUUCGAAUGGUCCGAGUGGCCUGGCUGUUCUGGUUCUCCAAGAUCAUUGAGCUCAUCGACACACUGUUCUUUGUGUUGAGGAAAAAGCACGGCCAGGUCACCUUCCUGCACAUCUUCCACCACUCCUUCAUGCCCUGGACCUGGUGGUGGGGAGUCGGCUAUGCACCUGGUGGAAUGGGAUCUUUCCACGCCAUGGUGAAUUCCACCGUCCACGUCAUCAUGUAUUUCUACUACGGCCUUGCUGCUGCUGGACCUCGCUUCCAAAAGUUUUUGUGGUGGAAGAAAUACAUGACUGCCAUUCAGCUGACCCAGUUCGUCCUGGUAUCUCUCCACGCUACCCAGUAUUACUUCAUGGAAAGCUGCGACUACCAGUUCCCCAUGAUCCUCCACCUCAUCUGGAUGUACGGAACCUUCUUCUUCGUGCUCUUCUCCAACUUCUGGGUCCAGGCUUACGUGAAGGGCAAGAGGUUGCCCAAACAAGACUUUAAGCCGUGUCAGAACGGCACGGCCGUCUACACCAACGGCAAACACCACGAGAACGGCAUCAACCACGGAGCCACCAAUGGCACCAGCAACGGCUCUACUCGCCACGAGAACGGCAGCGCUCACAUGAGCAAGAUGAAGAAGGCCUAGGAUCUCCAGAAGGAAACACCCAAGAAGUAUGACCCAGCGAACCUGUUACUACGGUUUCAA